AUGUCGGAAGUCAAGUCGAAAGAGGCGCAGAAUAUGCCGCCCGACAGCCAGGUCAAGCCUGAGAAGGAGCUCUACCCCAUGAGCAACUGGAAAUAUGACGCAUUUGGUUGGGUCAUGUCGAUUAUCAUCGACCUGUUCUUUCGAGAGGUAUCUCACCGAGGAGCUUGGUACGUGCCCAAGAAGGGCCCGGUUCUCUUCAUUGCGGCGCCGCACCACAACCAGUUUGUCGACGGAAUUACUCUGCAGCGAACGUUGCGAAACGAGGCCGGCCGCCGAGUGUCCCUAUUGAUCGCCCAGAAAUCGGUGCACGGCUUCGUAGGAUGGGGCUCGCGGCAGACUGGCUCUGUACCUGUCGGCCGCGCUCAAGACAGCGCCAAACCCGCCAAGGGCCUCAUUUACCUGCCCGAUCCCAUCAACAACCCAAACAUUAUUCGAGGUAUCGGUACCGAUUUUGAAAAGGAAGCCGAGGUCGGCGGCAUGAUCUUCCUCCCCUCCGUCAAGGGCAGAUCUGGCUCCAGCGUUGAUAUUGCAGAGAUCAUUGGCCCCGAGGAGAUCCGCACCAAGCGCGCCUUCUCGGGCCAGCUUCCCAUGCAGCAGUUGACCGGUCGGGACGAUAUCGAUCAGGAUGGCAAAUUCGCCAACAAGGACGUCAAGGGGCCCAAAGACGGAUACAAGGGAACCAAGUACAAGCUUGCGCCCCACAUUGACCAGACCCAAGUCUACCAAGCAGUAUUCGACCGUCUAAAGUCUGGUGGCUGUGUAGGUAUCUUUCCCGAGGGUGGCAGCCAUGAUCGCACUGAGCUAUUGCCCUUGAAGGCCGGUGUAGCCAUCAUGGCUCUGGGUACGCUCGCACAAGAUCCCGAUUGUGGUUUGACUAUUGUCCCGGUUGGCAUGAACUACUUCCAUGCUCAUAAAUUUCGCUCGCGAGCUGUGGUCGAAUUCGGUGCGCCGUUUGAGGUGCCGAACGAUUUGGUUCACAAGUACUCGAACAAUGAACGCCGAGAAGCCAUCGGUCGACUCUUGGACAUGUGCACUGUGGCCCUGAACACGGUGACCGUAUCUUCACCCGACUACGAUACUUUGAUGUGCAUUCAGACUGCCAGGAGACUAUACACGACGGGCAAAAAGCUACCUCUGACACACGUGGUCGAACUGAACCGAAAGCUAUCAAAGGGUUUCUCAAAAUUCAAGGAUGACCCGCGCAUCAUCAAGCUUCUGGAAAAUUUGCACAACUACAACAAGGAACUCCGCUAUCUCGGCAUCAAGGACCAUCAACUCGAGUCGGCUAAGCGAUCUUUGCCAAAGGUCAUCUGGCUCCUCAUUAGCAGGGUGGUCCAGCUGUUGGUUCUCUCGAUUGGUGUCAUUCCAGGAUUAAUCCUCUUCUCCCCCGUCUUCGUCACAACCAAGUACAUUAGUAUUCAAAAGGCCAAGACGGCCCUUGCUGGAUCGACUGUCAAGAUUGCUGGUCGAGAUGUAAUGGCCACCUGGAAGAUCAUGGUUGCCAUAUUCCUUGCGCCGGCUGUCUAUAACUUUUACUGCAUCAUCUUUGCGUACACUCGCGGCUGGGGCUAUGCGCCCGAUUGGCUUCGGUGGUGGGCUGUCUUCAUUAUCGGAUGGAUCAUCUUUCCCCUCAUCACUUUCGCAGCCCUUAGGUUCGGCGAGAUUGGAAUGGACAUUGCCAAGUCCUUGCGGCCCCUUGUGCUUGCGCUGAGCCCAACGUCGAGCUACAGCAUUCAGAGACUGCGCCAACGCCGCGUAGAGCUGACCAAUGAAGUGGUGACGGUCAUUAAUGACCUGGGUCCCGACAUGUACGAUGACUUUGAGCGUUCUCGUAUGGUCAAAGACCCCGUCUUCCCCGGCGGAGCCACCAGCAUACCCGACCUUGCGUCCAUGGAUGCCCCCGAGUCACCCACUAUGCUCUCGCGUAAGAACACGACAGCGUCGAGCCGUGCUCUGCCACGUAACGAGUCGUUCUCCAACAUUGGCUCGAUUGCCAUGUUCGCCACGCGUCCGCCAUCCCGGUCAAGAAGUCGGAGCAGCUCAAGCGGCGGCGGCUUUGGAUCGGGUGGCUUUCCGGUCAGCGGUUUCACAACGUUGGACUCGAAAGAAGGAUUUGAUGAGGCCACCAGCAAGAUCCGCCAGGCGAUGCAAGAACGAGGGCAAAUGCGAAGACGCAAGAGUGGUGGUGGUGGUGGACAUUUCAGUGAUGCCGAGUCGGACAAGACGGACUAA